GGGUAGGGCUGGAUUGAGCGAUUCACGGUGAACGGGCAGUGCUGGUGUUAAACGGGCGGGCGGGCGGCGGGUUUGUUUCACGGCGCCACCGACCUGCCUCUUUCUCAGGCUUGGGAGAAACCAUCAAAAAGAAUCUCAGCUAGGGAAGGGGCGCACAGACACACACAGCUACCCCCCAGCCCAGAGCCCCGCGGGUGACCACACGGACACACACAGCUCCCCACGCCAGCAGGCCUGGGACGCCCGCUCGGAGGCGAACACAGUCCCGCCCCUGUCGCCGGGAGCGGGAGGAGCCUAAGCCCGGAGAAACAAAGCCCUCCCCGGGCUGCAGGCGGAGCCAGGCCGGCCAGCGCGGAGAUCGGCCCGCCCAGCCGGCUGCCAGAGCAGAGGCUGUAGCCAGCCGCAGGCGGGAGCCCUCGGAGCUGGGGAGCAGGACCCCUAGCGCCCCCGCACUCUCCCCGGCCGCCGGGGGAGCCCAGGUCCCGAAGUAGCUCGAAGGGCGCAGCCUGUGCUCCGGGCCACAAGAAGGGCCGGGAGCACAGCCCGGUGCUGCAGCACAGCCCGCCUCUGCCCCCGUUAGCCCGGGGAUGCCGGAGCAGCAGGUCCUCCGUGAGCUGGUGGCUUAGCAGCACCAUCCUUUGCAGGGGGCGCCGCCGGUUCUUUGGCGGGGGCAGCCCUGGGGUGCGGGCUGAGCCCGGGCUGCAGGCUUUGUCGGACAGCCAUCAAGGCGCCUUCGAUUCGUGCGUGGCUGCGAUUGUCUUUUCCUCCCCAUUGGGAUUCCUUUAGCUGCUGCCCCGCCGCCGCCGCCUCCUGGGAUGUGAGGCCGGAGGGAUGGAGAAGAUGGAUGCAGGCAAAUGGCAGCAGCGCAUCUCCCGUUUGCAGAGGAGGCUCCCAGGAGCCGCAGCAAUGCAGCGGUUCUGUGGUGGGCUCUCCGGGAGACCCGAGCUCUGCCGCGGGGAGACGGCAGGGCAGUGAUCGCUCACAAACCCAGCCCUUUGUGUCUAGGAGGGUCUGAGCAGCCGCUGUGAUUUGUAUUAAAUUCUUUUUUUUCUGAUGAAAAUGGAGCCGGAUUUGUUAAUGACUCUCUCAGACCCAGGGAGCAAAUCGGAGCGGGCAUCGCUGCUGACUCUGUUUGCCGAGCAGAAUGGGGGGUAUCUCAUCAUGGAGCAGAGAGGGCAGCUGCCUAGCCCAGACCUGGUACUGGUCCCCAGGGAGACGCCCCCGGACGCCCCUUUGUUCCUGGGGCCCUCUUUACAAGAGAUGGAGAGCGGGCCAGUGGUGCUAGAGCAGGUUUUGGGGGAGAUGAAGCUAUCCGGGCUAGAUCCUACGCUGUUCUCAGAUAGGCCCAUUGAGUAUUUAUACCGCAUGGAAAAGCAGGAGAACGGCCUCUUGGACCAAGACACGACCGACCCAAUCAGCGACCUGGAACAAGAGUCAGGUGCAGGUGAUAAUCAUCAUGGUUGCCCCCAGAGUGAUUUUGAUUUGAACCUUUCUCUGGUGCAGGGUGCACUGGCCUCUGCUCAGAUCACAGAUUUGGAGGAGCAGUUCUUCUCUCUUGUGCUGGACCAGGCUGUUUCUUCUCCUUUUCGGGAUUUACAACUCAGGAGUACUGGGCUAAGUCCAGAGGAUUCAAACAAGGCAGAAAGCUUUCCUGAAAGUAGCAAAAUCCUGCAAGCAGAAGGGGAGUUUUACUUAGGAAUGGAGACCUCCCAGGAGGAGAACCACUCUGAAGGACUCACUCCCACUUCCCCUUGGACUAAAGACACAGAAGAUUACAUAUCCCAAAGCUGCCAGGAGCCACUUUCCUUAAGUACCCAGGAUUUGUCCCAGAUUGACAAGGAGAUGGACCUCUUCCCCACUUUCCAUUCCUCUAGCAACCUGAGCCAGCCCCCGGAGUUUGCCCAGCCUGAUUCCAUAACUAAUGACUCUCCAGGCUGUCAAGAAGAGGAGCCCCGUCUCCGAGCUGUGUUUGAUGCCCUAGACCGAGAUGGGGAUGGCUUUGUGCGGAUAGAGGAGUUUGUUCAGUUUGCUACAGUUUAUGGCGCAGAACAGGUGAAGGACCUAACAAAAUAUCUAGACCCCAGUGGACUUGGAGUAAUCAGCUUUGAAGACUUCUAUAGGGGAAUCAGUGCUAUCAGAAAUGGAGAUUCUGACAGCCAGUUGUAUGAGAUGGGGUAUACCCAUGAGGAGGAACCUUCUGUCUGUCCUGAUGAGUUUGAUGACUUCGUCACGUUUGAGGCAAAUGAGGUGACUGACAGCGCCUACAUGGGCUCAGAGAGCACUUACAGCGAGUGUGAAACCUUCACAGAUGAGGACACUGGCACGCUGGUACAUCCCGAGAUGCACGAUGAAGUAGAAACGGACAGUGCUAUUGAUUCCACGGUGCACUCAGAGUUCACCGAUCCUAUAGAGGAUCCAGAGAAUGGAUCCCAUCCACAGGACCUGCCCUUGAGCUCAGACCUCAACAAUCACUCCAUCGUUACCGUAAUUAGUGGGGAGGAGCACUUCGAGGAUUAUGGAGAAGGGAAUGAAGCAGAUUUGUUCUCAGACAGCCUGUGUAACGGAGAAACCAGCUUUAGCAGCUCCUCUUUCCUUUCUCCCAGCGUCAACCCGCUCAUUGCGAAACUGCACAGCAUUAUCACUGAUGAGGCAUUUGAGUUUUACUGUAGCCAGUGCCACAAACAAAUCAACCGCCUCGAGGAUCUUUCUGCUCGCCUGAAUGAUCUUGAAAUGAAUAGUCCAAAUAAAAGACUCUCAAGCAAGAAGGUAGCAAGGCACUUACAUCAGACGGGCACCCUGACUGCGGAUGCUAUGGAAGAACCUUUCUAUGACCACAUGGAGUGUGCGGAUGAGGACAUCACUGACAAGGUCGUCUUCCUGGAGAAGAGGGUAACAGAGCUGGAAAAGGACACAGCUGCAAAUGGAGAGCAGCACAGUCGGUUAAAACAUGAAAACCUGCAGCUGGUGCACAGAGCUAAUGCCCUGGAGGAACAGCUGAAGGAGCAAGAGUUGAAAGCAGAUGAGACGCUCCUAGAGGAAAUCAGAAAACAAAGAGAGCUCCUGACCAGGAUGGAGAGAGAGAAGAGUAUUGAGAUUGAGAAUCUGCAAGCCAGACUGCAGCAGCUGGAGGACGAGAACAGCGAGCUGAGAUCCUGCGUCCCUUGUCUGAAAGCCAGUAUCGAGAGGCUGGAGGAGGAGAAGCAGAAGUUGAUAGAUGAGAUAGAAGACCUCACUGCUCAAUUCAAUGAGGAGCAGGAAAGCAAGAGAAAAAUGGGAGACAAACUGACCCAGGAGAGACACCAAUUCCAGAAGGAGAAGGAGUCCACUCAAGAGCUGAUUGAGGACCUCCGAAAGCAGCUGGAGCACCUGCAGCUGUUCAAACUUGAAGCGGAGCAGCGAAGAGGCAGAAGCAGCAGCGUGGGUCUCCAAGAGUACAAUAGCAGGACACGGGAGACGGAGCUGGAGCAAGAGAUUAGGCGGCUCAAGCAGGAUAACCGCAAUCUGAAAGAACAAAAUGACGAACUGAAUGGACAGAUUAUAAACCUUAGCAUUCAGGGAGCCAAGAACCUCUUCUCAGCUUCCUUCUCCGAGUCCCUGGCUGCAGAAAUCAGCUCGGUCUCCAGAGAUGAGCUCAUGGAGGCAAUUCAAAAGCAGGAGGAGAUUAACUUCCGCCUGCAAGACUACAUUGACAGGAUCAUUGUGGCCAUCAUGGAAACCAACCCAUCCAUCCUGGAAGUCAAGUAAAGGAAGCCGAAAGCUGCAGACUGUGUGCUGCUGAUCUGGGGUGGACUUGGCACACUGAGAGGCAAAGGAGAGACUUAGGAUGUCUUUGAUCUCCAUGAAGGCACAUGAAGUGUCACUUCAGAUCACUGGGUGAAUUAAUCCAGUGCCCGGGGAAAAAGAAAACCAGCAACAAAGCUUUGUUGUUGGAUUCUCUUUCAAGACCCUUGCUGGCUUUAAGGGGUGAAAGGGAAUCUGGAGAAUAAAUGGAGCAAAACGUGGAGUGGGAGGGGGGAAGGAAAGGACCUGCCUCCCUGUCGAUGGAACAUAUCAAACAGUGGGGCUGACAAAUGCUAACUGGAACUGUUGCAAUAUGUAACCCUGAAAUCCCUUUUGGCGCAUGGGUGGGGAAUAGGUCUAAGGAGUUAAGCAAAAUACAGGGCCAUGUAUAGAUUCAUUCUGCUGAAACUUUAAUGAAAAGAGAAUAAUAGUGGGGUGGAGAAGUUAGUUGAUUGACUUCUGAGAUAAUUUCCUGCCCUCCCCUGCACAGCCCAGAAAUCUGCUUUGCCAAAGUGCCCAGGACACCCUUACUGAGGCAGAUUUGUGAAUAAGAAAUGUUCGUUCCACGCCCGUAGAAUGUUUUUGAACUUAGUGCAAAGUUCGUCCCUCAGUCUGCACAACUAGCACCAUCUCACACCCCCUCUUCCUGGGGGUUGCAGGCAGGAACCCUAGAUGACUUCUCUCCAUUUAGUGGGUGGAAGGAAGGGGGCAGGGGAAUGGCCAUCUUUGAUAUGGGGGUGUAACUGGAGUUCGACACGUGCCUCGGCAUUUGUAUUUUUGUUCUCUGGCUUGGUAACAUUUUACACAUAUGGCAUCUUCUUUAAAUUCACUGUUCAUCUGGCUCCAUUCCUCGCACAAUACAGAGGGGUGGCUUUCUUCAGCACUCCCCAUUCCUCUUCUGUGGCAUGCUCCUUCAGCAUCAGAUGUUAGCACUUCUCUAUCAAACCAUGGGACCUGAGUUGGACAGGACUGCAGUAAGGUAGCAAUCAGUGGGAGGGGUGAAAGCCACACAGCUGUAGAUGGAAGGACAGCGGCUCCCUAUCCUGCUGUUUCCUUGAGCGAGUGAAGGAAGGGCUGUGAUUUCUUCAUGGUUAAUUAGCAUGCUUUGGAGCCAGCCUGGUAGCUGUUAUGUCCUCCUCACUUCUGCUGUAUGGCCCACAGUACCCAUGUAGCCGUAGUAGUGCUCAGCCAUAAGUGGGCACGCAGCUGUUCAGGCUGGUCCCCUAGUGGUGCAACAGAGUAAGUUCUAGCAGAGGGGACCAACAUGAACCGUUCACACGCUUGUUUCGAGAGCCAAGGACCUCCGCCAUCGUCCCCUAUGUGCACGAAUGCCAGUGUUACCAUGAAGUGUAUUGCAAUGAUCCAGUCAGAGGUGGGCUCUGCUGAUGAUACUGCAGCACUGGAGGUAGAGCCCUUUCCAUGCCCGGGUUCUCCCCAUUCUUGUGCUGCGAUGCACUUGGCUUGCUAUCACAUUCAUUGAGUAGCUUAGUGGCUCUAAACCAGGGACCGGCGGCUGCUGUUUUGAUUUCUUAGACGACCGAGGCCACCUGCAGUGUAGUGAUUACAACUGAGUCUUAUACCCCAGUGAAGGUGGUGCUCGGAAGCUAAGGGGUACAAUUGACUGGAGGCUGAAAUCGAAGGCCUCUGGGAAACAAAAACCAUAUUAACUUCAGACCCAUUCAGGCUAGUGUGAAAUGCAUUUUAAAAGUCUUGUACAAUGCAUCUGGUUUAAUGAAUUUUAAAACCUAUACAAUGCAUCAUUCAAUAAGUAAAAACAGUCAUUGAUUAAAAAUGCCUGUUCCCCUCGGGCUACCAGAACAACCUUCAGGCUAGCACAUACCCAAAUGAUCCAACUUCCUUGGCUUUGAUUUUGAUUUCUGUAACUGAAAGGCGGCCUGGUUCCAGGCAUAGUUGGCAUGUUGAAUAUACAGUAGAUUUCUAUUUUAAAGGGGGGUGAUUUCAUUUUUAAAUCACCUGGUUAGCUUUCAGAAGGGCCCUGUUAGCCAGGCUGAAUCCCAAAUUUGUACAAAAUAUGGAAAAUCCCAGUGCAUUGGUCUGCACUGGAACAUCCUAAAUGUGCUCAUCGGACUGGGUCAUCUGAGCUGCUAGUCCAGCUGCUUACCAGGGAAACCAGAUCCAAAUCCUCCCUCUGCUGAGAGUUGGAGAGCGAUAAACACCACAGCCCCUUCGCUUCCCUAAAAUCCCCUUUAGGCCAUCACAACUACUGAGCUGGCAACUCUCCUUUAUUUUAUUCCAUGUCUGGAAAGUAAAAGCCCUUGGUCCCAGAUGGCUUUUUCCAGGGCAUAAGAAAUUGCAUAACUGGAUUCAUGCAGACCCAAAGGAUGAUUCUAAUGUGGGUGAAGAGCCUGUGUGAGUGAGAAUAGCUGGGGGAUCCCAAAAACACCCAGUGGUGCUGACAGUCCCUGUCUUUCCCACUGUAAUGGAGAGAUGGUUUCACGGGAUGCCUGUGCAAAAUGUCCAUCUUCAUACGGGUUUGCCUUCUAUUAAGUCUUUAACCCAGACUUACCCAGUUUUCAUUUGAAAACUAAAGUAAGAGAAAAAGCGACUCCAGGGACAGAUGGCAGCAGGUCACUGCUUUCAACUCCAUCUCCCCCAUGCAGGGUCUGGAGCUCCAGUCUCAUUGGGAUGUUCGAGAUGUCCCCAGUCGCAUUCUGUGAACACACAAUGCCCUUGGUCUUGUCUUUUGUAAUAACUGCUGAGAGAGAUGAGACAACCUGCCUUCCAGCGAGGGCUGCGUUUUCUCUUCCCUGGACACCUGAGCAAUGAGCCAUCAUCUUCCUUCUCCCUCCCCACAUCCUUGUAUAGCAUCUCCCAGCAAGCCAAGAGCUCCUGCUCAUUCAUUCUCUAAGCUGUCCCCUUGUGGACCUUUUCCCUCCCUGAGCCUGCGGGAAGAAGCCACGUAAUGUACGUUUCCAGAGUAGCUUUGGGUGUAAAUCGGUGUAUACUUUGAGAGGGAAAUUUUUCUAUCUUGUAGAGUAGGUAUUUUUUAUAGAAUGGAGGUUGAUCAAUUUUUUUAAUACUUUAAAGAAGAGAGAAAUGUAUCUGUGUAUACACAUAAAUAUAUAUAUAUAUAUAUGUAUAAAUAUAUAAAUAUCGGAGAUCUGCCUUUCUCAACUUGGGAUCGUGUAUCCCCAGUUAACACAUUUUUUUUCUGUUGAUCACUAAGAGGUACUGUAACUGUAAAUAAAUCAUCGGGAAAAGAGUUUUAAACAAAAAAAGAAGCACUGACUUGCACACUGAUCAUGCUUUAAGCCCCAAGGAAAAACUGUACUUCCUGACAAAAUUCCCCUCUCCCUGCUGGUAUGUGAAGGAAACUCCAAACAAGAAGCAAAACCAGUAUUGUCUGAACUGAUGUAUUCUUGUCAAAUUAAAAGCUGUUACCAUUA